AUGUCAUCCAUGAAUCUGCAAUCCGGCGGGGUCAGUCGACCCGCAAUGGCCACCACAACUAUCAAAGUAGACGGAAUGACUUGCGGAGCAUGCACAUCAGCAGUAGAGGGUGCAUUUCAAGGAGUAGACGGUGCUCACGAUGUUUCCGUCAGUCUGAUCAUGGGUAGGGCCGCUGUACAACACGAUCCGUGGGUGUUACCGCCCGCGAAAAUCGCAGAGAUGAUUGAAGACUGCGGGUUCGAUGCGGCAGUACUUUCGACCGAGGAACAAAGGAAUCCCGACCCUUCUUCUUUUCCAGCUACACGACUCUCGGUGACCAACCUGGCAAUUGAGGGUAUGACAUGUGGGGCAUGUACGUCUGCAGUGGAAAGCGGGUUAAACGAUGUCAGCGGUGUGAACUCCGUAGACGUCUCACUACUUUCCGAGCGCGCAGUCGUGGAACAUGAUGCUGAGAUCAUCACACCGGAGCAGAUCGCAGAGCUCAUUGAAGAUCGAGGCUUUGGAGCGCGAGUGCUGGACACUUCUCUAGUGGGCUCCAAGGAGCCAUCUGCACCGGCUGGCUCGGAAGAGAAAUCUAGACUGCUGGUCACCACCAUCGCAAUUGGAGGAAUGACAUGCGGCGCUUGCACAUCUAGCGUUCAAGGUGCAUUGGGCAAUGUCGAUGGGGUAAUCCAACUCAACAUUAGUCUUCUGGCUGAGCGGGCGGUAGUUGUGCACGACCCAAGCAUACUUCCUGCCAGCAAAAUUGCAGAUCUUGUGGAAGAUGCCGGAUUUGAUGCGUCGAUCGUGUCAUCAGAGGCGCAGGCAUCAUUUUCAAAAAAUACACAGCAGGUCAAUUUGAGCUUGCAUGGGCUGCGGGACGGCGUUUCUGCCACAGAAUUGGAAGAAAACAUAUUCCAGCAACCGGGUGUUCAUUCGGCAUCAAUCAAAAUGGCUACAUCUCGUAUGGUCAUUUCUUUUGACCCCUGUACAAUCGGAAUCCGGUCGAUUGUGGAAGCGAUCGAGGCUGCUGGUUACAACGCCUUAAUUGUCGACUCAGAUGAUACGAACGCACAACUACAGUCAUUAUCCAAAACGAAGGAAAUUCAAGACUGGAAAAGAUCCUUCAUUAUCGCCGCCUCUUUCGCGGUUCCUGUCUUCCUCAUCAGCAUGAUUCUUCCAAUGUAUUUGCCCAGUAUUGACUUUGGCAGUUUUGCUCUCUUCCCGGGUCUAUAUCUCGGAGAUCUGGUCUGUCUUGCUCUUACCAUUCCGGUGCAGUUCGGCAUCGGCAAACGAUUUUAUGUCACCAGCUUCAAGUCCCUCAAGCAUCGAUCCCCAACCAUGGACGUUCUCGUAAUGUUAGGCACGUCCGCUGCCUUCUUUUACAGCUGUUUUACUAUGAUCAUGGCUCUUUGUGGCAUGAACCACAGACGUCCGAGCACCGUGUUCGACACCAGUACGAUGCUCAUCACCUUUAUCACCUUGGGACGAUGGCUAGAGAACCGAGCCAAGGGCCAAACCUCCGCUGCUCUUUCUAGGCUCAUGUGCCUGACUCCAUCGAUGACGACGAUUUACGAAGAUCCCAUUGCGGCAGAGAAACUGGCUGAGCGCUGGACCUCCAAACCUACACCUGGUGCAAUUGAGCAACCUACGUUAGCUAACGACAUGACGGUGAAUCAAAGAUGCAUUCCCACCGAGCUGAUUCAAGUCGGCGAUGUUGUCAUUCUCCACCCGGGAGAUAAAGUGUCUGCGGACGGUGUGGUCAUCCGGGGUGAAAGCUAUGUUGACGAGAGUAUGAUCAGUGGAGAGGCACUACCUAUUCACAAAAAGAAAGGCAGUCAGAUCAUCGCUGGGACUGUGAAUGGCACAAACUCUAUUGAUUUCAAAGUCAUUCGAACCGGCAAGGAUACCCAGUUGAGCCAAAUUGUAAAGUUGGUGCAGGAUGCACAGACGAGCCGUGCUCCUAUUCAGCGCAUGGCUGAUAUCGUUGCCGGUUACUUCGUCCCCACUAUCAUCGGUCUUGGUCUGAUUACAUUCUUUGGUUGGAUGUUCCUCAGUCAUGUACUGCCUCAUCCGCCUACAAUCUUUGAAAUGGCAGGCAGUGGUGGCAGAGUCAUGGUCUGCUUGAAGCUGUGCAUCUCAGUCAUUGUCUUUGCGUGCCCAUGUGCUUUAGGCCUGAGCACUCCGACCGCAGUCAUGGUUGGUACCGGUGUCGGCGCCGAGCAUGGCAUCCUCGUUAAGGGAGGUGCCGUGCUAGAAGCUGCCACAAAAAUUACUCAUGUCGUCUUUGAUAAGACGGGCACCCUGACCACAGGUCGGAUGAGCGUGAAUCACACUCGAAUCGAACCUCAAUGGACAGUGAACGACUGGCGCCGUCAGCUCUGGUGGCUUAUUGUCGGUCUUGCAGAAACAGGCAGUGAACACCCAAUCGGACGAGCGAUCUUCUCUGCGGCCAUAACUGAAUCAGGUCAUCCCGGAGAAGAUGGGUUACCAGGGAGUACGGGGGACGUUGAAAACAGUGUUGGUAGGGGUGUCUCUGCCAUCGUCGAGCCUGCAUCUAGCGGCCAGCGUAUCCGGCACCAUGUCUUCCUUGGCAACGCCAAAUUCCUCCGGUCCAAAGACGUCCCUGUUCCCGCUGAUGCAGAUCCCGACUCUGCGGAUUCUAUCGAAGACCUGGAAACCGACGUCCCCAAGCCUGGCACCACCGCUGCCGGCGUUACACGCAUCCACGUCGCAAUCGACAACCGCUAUGCGGGAACCAUCUCCCUUCGAGAUACAGUGAAAGCGACAGCCGUCGCGGCAGUAGCAGCCCUGCAUCGUAUGGGCAUCUCAACCUCCAUGGUGACAGGCGACACGCUCUCAACGGCGAUAUCAAUCGCCACAGCAGUCGGUAUCCCAACCGCUUCAAUCAGCGCAUCCGUCUCCCCAUCCGAGAAACGGUCAAUCGUCUCCGCCCUCCAAGAAAAAGGCGAGCGCGUCGCCAUGGUCGGUGAUGGCAUCAACGACUCUCCCGCGUUGGCCACUGCAUCUGUCGGAAUCGCCCUUGCAUCCGGCACAGACGUAGCUGUCGAGGCUGCUGAUAUCGUCCUCAUGCGUCCGGACGAUCUACUCUCUGUACCAGCCAGUCUCUCCCUCUCGCGCUCGGUCUUCAGACGCAUCAAGCUGAACUUAGUUUGGGCUUGCAUGUACAAUGUCAUCGGCCUUCCGUUUGCCAUGGGUCUUUUCCUCCCCUUCACGGGCUUCAUGCUACCGCCCAUGGCCGCCGGUGGUGCCAUGGCGCUUUCCAGUGUCUCCGUUGUUGUUAGCAGUCUGCUCUUGAAGUUCUGGAGUCGCCCAUCUUGGAUGGAGGUUGAGCGUCUUGAGAAGGAGCUUCGCUCGGGUGCGAUCUCUCCGGCUGGUGUAGCGCAUCGCGGCCAUGCUCGUAAAGUGAGCUGGUGGGCUUCAGCUACUAUUUUGUCGGAUAGCCCGCGCUCUCUGCGUCAUCGUGUCAGGGAUGUUGUCUCUUCGCUAUGGUCACUGGUCACUGGCAAAGGACCCAUACCCGCUAGUCGGGGUGAUGAGGGUUAUGUUCCGCUGCAGACAGUUGAGCCGCCUGUUUGA